CAGCCUCCUCCGCCCCAGGGGCUAGCUGCGCACUCCACUGGCUCGCCAUGAUCGCCACCGGCGGCCUGCUGAGGAUUUCCGCCAGAAAGCAGGAUCCCCUCCGCCCCCCGAGCCAGGUCCCUAAGCGCAAGCGGAAAGCCAGGAAAAGGCGCAAGAACGACGUGGUGGUGGUGAAAGGCAAGCUAAAGCUGUGUUCCAUCUCCGGGCUCAUCGCCCUCUGCGGGAUCCUGGUACUGCUGGUGGGCAUAGCCAUGGCCGUGGUGGGCUACUGGCCCAAAGCCAAUGGGGCCAACAGGGAGGGGGGGAAGCAGCUGCGGCCCGCCGGCAGCGGCCACCGCCUCCCGACCAUGGCCAUCAGCCCCGGUGGCAGCAAAAACCGGUCCAGGGGCCUCCCGGGGAUUCCAGGCAGUGCCAACUCCAGUUCUGCGGGCGCGCCGAGGAGCACACCUCCCGCGCGACCCGCUGUCCCCUCUUCGUCCUCCUCCUCGUCUGUGGGGUUCUUCUUCCGCAUCUUCUCCGGCUACCUGCACUCUGACAAGCUCAAAGUCUUCGGACCCCUCAUCAUGGGCAUCGGCAUCUUCCUCUUCAUCUGCGCCAACGCUGUGCUCCAUGAGAACCGAGACCGAAAGACCAAGAUCAUCAACCUGCGGGACCUCUACUCCACCGUCAUCGACGUGCACAGCCUUCGCGCCAAAGAUCUGGCUGCCGCCGCGGCUGCGGCAGCCGCCGCCGCCGCCUCCUCCCCCUCGGCCCCCGCCUCGGCGACACCCGGGGCCGCGCCGCUCAAUGGCUUCCUCAGCUACGUGCAGUCGCGGGGCCUGGAGCUGAAGCCAAGGAGCUGCAGCGCCGCGGGGGAUGCCUUCGGGGCGGCGGCGAUGCUGGCCAGGGGCUCGUGGCCGCACCCCGCGGCGCUGGGCGGGGACGAUGGCAGGGCCAGGGGCGCCGCGUCCCCGCCGGAUCUGGCCUCGUCCCCGCGCUGCCCGCGGGAGCCCCCGAGUCUGGCGGAGGCCGUGUACAGCAUCUACCGCGAGCGCUCGGGCGUGGCGGGCCGUCGCCGGGCAGCCGCCGCUGUGGCCGCCGCCACCGCGGCCGCCAGCCGCAGCAGCAGCCCGGCGCCCUGCAGCCCACCCGAGAGCUGGGGGCGCCAGAGCACCGCCAGCUCCCUCGUGGGGUCCUCGCUGAGCGCCUUCGCGCUGUUGCCUUUGCAAGGGGAUCGCGACGGGGAUGGAGACGCGGGUGCGGAGGGCCCGAGCUGCAGCUGGCAGAGGCCGCCAGGGGAACGCGGCUCCCGGGAGAUCCCACGGGGCGAACUUGACCUGGGCUUGACCGACCUCCGCGGUGCCCGGGGCGGCGCGCGCUGUGCGCCCAGCGGGGACGAGGAGCCUGAGGGCGCGGCGGCGGCGGGCACCGCCAGGGGGCGGGGCGGCCGCCUGCCCAGGACCGGCAGGUACGCAGCCCUGCGGCGCCGCAGCACCAGCGGGCUCCCUGAUUGCCGAGCGCCGCGGUCCCCCGAGCCCCCGCCCUCCCCGCGCAGCGCGGACCUGGACUGGAGCCUUCUGACCAAAGCUGCCUCCCCGUCGCCCCCCUUGCGGCUGGAGGUCUCGCCCGCCGCCAGGCUGGACUCGCCGAAGUCCCAGACGGAAGACCCAUCCUGCAGCAAUAAGGGCUACACCCCCCUGAGGGAGGCCAGCACCUCCCUGAAAUCGGUUGUGGACGCCGAGACCACUGAAAGUCAAGACUGUGAGGCCACCACCGUGCCAGGUGUGGAGCAGAGCCCUCCAGAGGAUCCCAGCCAAGGACCACCCACAGCCCAGCCACCUCAGCAGGUGCAGAGGCAGUUUACAAACAAGGAGAAACUCUUCAUGAUUUCCCGGUCUCAUGCCACAGGGGUAGAGGACGGAGAACUGGAAAGUACUGGCAUUUAGAGAAAGAAGGAAUGGGAGGAAAAAAGAAGUGAGAAAAUAGGAGUAAUGAAUUAGUGAAUUCAUUGAAUUCACUGGAAUGAGUGAAUUCAGUUUAACAGUUUCCUUUCCUUGUGGACUUACCCAAGGAAAUUAUCCAAUACCCAAAGAGCUGCAGAAUGUUAUCCUUGAAUUGCGGUCAUGAGAUUCCUGUAGAUAACUCCAAGCAAUUUUUUUUUAAAAAAAAAAGCAAACAGUCUUUAUGUCCGAUGGUGAUUGUAUGUUCCAUGAAAACCAAAUGUAUUACAAGGUCAGCAAUCUAUUUCAUUAGAUAAAAUUCCCUUAAGUUUCUUAGAAUGAAAAUUAUAUAUUUUUGACAGUAAUUGUGCACUUUACCCCAACUUUUCUUUUUGGGGAGAGGUCCCUAAUUUCCCUAACCCCUGUGUUCUGCUGCUGGUUUUGUCCAUGGCUGCCUGUGAAUGACAAGCUUUUUUCCUCCUGUGCUUUUGCAGAGCAUAGUAGGGUUUGUCUCUGUUCUUUGAGAACUGAUCUCACUAAAUGAAGUCAAAGCCAAAAGCAUGAGUAUAUUGGGAAAGAGCAUUUUCUUUGCCCCACCCCACUCCACUCACUCAGUAAACCCAAAGUCCUCUUCAUUUUUUAAAAGGCUAUUUACAUUUUGCUACUAGGGUAUCUAAUGGAGACUGAAGUGGACCAGCAAUCCUGAAGUGGACCAGCAUCCUGACACCAUCACAUUCUUAAGUUCACUAUAUCAAGUACACAAUACUUUAUUGAGUAUUAUCACACCUGUAUUGCAAAUAACAUUAAUAUUAAAAACAUUUUUUAAUAAAAGAAGUUUCCAAACAGUUAAAACAUAAUAUCGCUUCAUUUUGCCUUGGAACUAAUGCUUCUAAACACAUGUUAAACAUUUAACAGUUCAGCUGGUAAAUCUAAAGUAUUUUGCUCUGACACUGCUACUAAGAUUGUAGUUACCUUCUGGCAAAGUGCUCAGUGCUAUCACCACUCAAUCGGUUUCCAGUAUAUUUUAAAGUUUUAAACAUCUGGGAGUUUCUCUUUCAAAUGGAAUGAUACAUUAAGCAAAUAGUCAUUUUCUUUAAUACUCCUAGUUUACCUCAAAGUAUUCAUUUACAGAGCACCAGGCUUAAUAUUCCAUUUGUGUCCUCUUGGAAUUGACUUACUUGAUUUUGAUAAAUUCAUGAUCUUAAAUCCUUAGGCUAAAUGGUAAUGUUUUUAUAAUUUGGUAGGUUGUGUACACUGGAUUUUCUUAAAAGUCAGUUAAUUUUCAAGAACAGUAAACAAUAUAUCAUUGUGAUGCCCUCUUCCUUUGAAUGUGAGCUGAGAAUCUUAAUAGGUGUUUCUUUCUUUUGGCCAUUUGGAGACAAGUUCUGCCAUUGCAUGCAGCUGAGACUAUCAUUGCAGGAGCUGAAAAUACUGAUUUUAAAGGAAAAUCCAGUCAAAGGGGUAGUCAUGUUGGUCCCCAGGAGUGAAGCAGUGGGUCCAGCAGAAAGAGUACAGACUCAGGAGUAAGACUGGGCCCCAGCUGUCAGUCUUGAACAAGUCACAAAUGCUGAGUCUCAGUCAUUCAGUCUAUAAAAUGGGGAUACCUAGACAUACCUCAUGAGAUGUGAGGGGGUAGAACAAAAGGUUAUAUGCAAAGAGCCGAGCAGAGUACCCGGCUUAGAGUAUGUACUCAAAAAAUGGUGGUUAUUAUAGUUAUUAUUAUUUUUGUUAUUAUUAUGAUGAUGAUGGUAUGUUUGAAUGCAUGCUGUAGAAGAAUGGGUUUUUCCUGGGCUGACUUGAGCUCAAGAAAGCCUGGGCUAACAACAUUGGGAAUAUCCGAUUACUUUCUGCAUGAUUUUAGUCAAGUCACUUAAUCCCUUUGGCCUCUGGUGAAUGAUAUAAUAUUCGGCUCUAAAAGCUUUACUUAAAUCCAGGGUAUUUGUUUUGUCCUGGCUAUAAGCAUAUUUGUAUAUAAAACUUUGCAAAGUGAGUUUAUACUUCAUAAACUACCUUUUACUGUAACCUUCUGUAAUCAGUUUAAGAGGUCCUAACUUAUUCUAAGAUUGGAUCUGAAGUAAGCUAAAACUUACUUUUUUUAAAGGUGUCGAUUAAUUUAUUUGGCUCUUCUAUGUAGCAAAGGUGAAUUUCCACAAGUAAGAGAGACAAGCAAGUGUAACCAUACCUCCAGGUAGUGUUGAAUUUCAAUAGUCUCAACUGUUUUAUCACACUUCCAAAAUAUUUUCAAAUUUCUCUAGUUUUCUUUGCUGUCGUCUUGCAUACUGGGUAAUUUAUAUACUGAGAGAUUGAUGAGUUGCUUAAAAGGAAAAACAAAUUCCAGGGCUCUAAAAUACUGUAUCCAGUCCUCAGAAAAUGCACUGUAAGACAUGUAGCAAAUAAUAAAACCAUGACCUCUUAGUUUAACUUUAAAAAGUUGGGCAGAAAAAUAUUUAUCCCUUACAAACUUUAGAAAAUUCAGUCCAACUAGUUGACUAGACUUAACCAUACUGACUGCCUAGUUAUAUUAAUCAGAUUAAAUAUAUAACUUGUAGUUCAUAUUGAUCUCAUGGACACAGGCCCUUGGAAAUGUAAUAAUAAUUUCAGAAACUCAUUUAGCUCAGAAUCAAGUCACAUCUAUCUUAACCAUCCAGGAAUUUAAAUGAAUAUUCUUUUCCCUGAAGAUAAAAAAGGAUAAGCUCAAUUUUCCAUGUCUUGGGAGGAGCCCUGGCUUUCCACAGACCUCAGAAGGAAUUCCCUGCAAUCAUCCUUGUCACAGAAGCAGAUCUUCUGCCAUACCAACCUAAAUUUGUUCUCACUACUUACUGAGGGCUGUUCUGUUUACAUGCUUUAUACUUACUAGCUCCAUUACUUCUCAUAGCAACCCGACUGAACUAGGAUUAUUACUAUCCUCAUUUUACAGAGAAAGACACUGAGGUCAGGAUGUUGGGGUGCUUACUCGGGUUACACAGUGGGUAAACAGAGGAGUCAAGAUUUAUACAGUUUUGCCUGAGAGAUCCUUUCCCAAAAACCAAUCUUAGGGAUUUGCAGAGGUGUUAGAAUGCACAGCCAGUUUAAAAGGUGGUGUUUGUGUUUAAAUCUUCAGACUGGCAUAAACAAGAUUUCUUUUCUAUGUGACUUUGAAGGGUUUCUUCUACCAACUCUAUAGGACUGUUUGAAGGGAUCUUAGUGAUUGUGGGACUCCCUCCACUCUAUUUAUAAAUGAGGUUGCUAAGAAUUUGCAAGAUGGAACAAUUUGUUCAAAGACAAACAACUGUGGCAGGAUUAGAAUGUUAAAAUAAUUGCAAUGGUUGGCAUAUGCAUUCCCCCAACCCUGCCCAGACUUUUAUUGUGUACUAGCUAGAUGACAAUGGGCAAGCUGCUUAGCCUCUCUGUGUCUCAGUUUCCUUUGCCAUACCAUUGUAAUAAUAAUGGUGUCUACCUCUCAGGACUGGAGUGACUAUUAAAUGAAUUACUAUCUGUGAGAGUGCUUACAACAGGGUUGGCUCACAGAGUGCUUAAAGAUUAUUUUAGUUUUAUUUAAAAUUGAAUCAACUGCUAAACAGAAUCAUUUCAUAUGGCCUUUCCUUUUAUUGACAGAAUAAUUUUAUGUUUAAAAAUUGGAAGUGUAAGGCAACAUAGCAUAGUGGCUCCAAGUGUGACUUGGAGGGUUACAUAACACUGUACCUGGGUUUCCACAUCUUUAAAUGGAGAUAAUAAAUAGCAUCUGACUCAUGGAAUUAAUUAUUUAAAUGAGGACUAAACAAACUAAUAUACUGAAAGAACUAGAACAACUCCUGGUACAAAUAAACCUUCAGUGAGUGUUAACUACUAUUAUUAAGGCAAAAUACAGAAAAGUAAUUAGUUGGCUAAAUUUACUACUCGGUUGUUAAGACAACCGUAAACUUACUGUACUAAAAAGUCUUUAUAAUUUAGGUAUAUUAGAAAGAAAAAAUAGAUCUUAAAAAAUGAGGGCUUCUGGUGCUACAAUUCUUCCAAAAGAAAAUAUAACUAAGGAGAGCUAGAUAGCUGCUCUGCCCAGUCCCACCAUCCUGGCGUUACACAGCAAUGACUGAGGACCCAAACUGGCUUACUUGGUUCUAUGUGGCCAUGUCUAUUCCGUUUCCACUUACAGAGGCUGGUCACAUCAGAAAAGCCAGGUUAACCCCUCAGUCCCAGCCCCUUUCUAUUAGAGAGCUGACUGGGAGAAAGGCUCAUGAAGACCCAAAGUGAGGAGCAGGUACAUGUUGAUGUACUUAAAUGUCUAGACAAAAGUUCUUCCAUACUGGUUUUCUCUAGUCAUGUUGGAUUAUUUUAAAAGAUGCAGUUUUGAAAAGUUUUGAGUUAGAUAACUUAAAAAACUCCCCAACAACAUAAAAAUAGGACCAACUAAGCCGAUGAAUUUGUAUUUUGAUAAGAAUAGUAUUUUUGUCAAGAUAUAAAGCAUAUUUUACAGUCAAAGCAUAGGAUUGAUACUUGCAAACUUUGCAUUCCAUAGACCUAGAUUAAUUUUCCAUUUUUCUGCUAAAAAUCAUUGACUGAAUAUUGAGACCAAGUUUUUGAAUGACUCUCAAAAGCAAUUUUUUGAAGAUUUUAUUUUUCUUUUCUAAGAACAUUUUUUUUUUAAUUUUAAGACCCUUUAUUUUCCUUUUGAGGGCAAUUAUCUUUGAAGUUUUUUCCUGCAAAAAGGAAUGAAUUUCUUUAAAUGGAUGUGAAAAUUAAAUGUUUUUAUAUUGUCACCAAAAAUUGGGAGUUCAUUUGCAUUAACAACUUUAGUCAAACAGCUACCUGCCACUUCCCCAGACCUGUUGAGCUCCUUAUUUGUAGAAGCCAUCUAUUUCUCUAUCAUGUCAGAAAAGCAAAGGGCUAGCAUUGGAUUUCUUAGGGGCAUGAGCCACAGUAAGAGCUGUAAAUGCCUACCAUCCUGGGAAUUUAGCUUUCACCCCAAAACCACUUUUGGGUUUCUAUCCUUUGAAAAUAUAGUUAUUUAACUUUGAACUGGCUCCCUACCCUUAUCCCAUCGAUAAUGCUAGACUGAUAUGGCCCUGCAUGACAAGAGCAGACAUUUGGCUGAUUCACUAAGCUAACAUAGAUUUUUCUGCUCACGGUAUAUGUCUGGUCAAAAGUCUGAAAAAGCUGAUGCAGAUUUACCCGGAGAAUCAGAGAGCCUGGUCCUGUCUCAACCUGCGCUGCUUUACCUGUGCUCCUGACCCCACACUGUGACUGAGUUCCGCCAAGUGCAACAGGUUGACUGUCAGUCACAAGGGAGGGAAAAAGGCCACAGAACCAGAGGUGGGAGGAAAAAGAAAAUCCUGCGAAAAGAGAAAAAGACAAAGGUUAGAAUCAGGAGGAAAGCUUUUUGUUUCACAACUGAGCAUGUGGUUACUCUUGUUUGUAAAUCACUUUUAUGUAGACAGGUGUCUUAAAAUGAAAGAUUACAGCAACUUUUAUUCCUUAGAAAACAUUCUUUCAGCAAAUUCAUGGUUUGACAUUAAUUUGUAUAUUUUUCAAUCUUUCAGAAAUUCAACAUAACAUUUUGACAUAAACCCAUUUGAUACUAGGAAUUGCUAAGCAUCUAAUAAUGUUUAGUCAUGGAAAAGAAACUUAUGGGCAAAUUUACAAAGAAUUGAUUUUACACUGAAAAAUUCUUUAUACUGAAAAAUAUCUUUAAAUUAUGUCUAUACUUACAAAGGAAGAAAAUAUGCAAGUUAUUAGUUGGAACUGGUGUAAUAAGUCAACUGAAGCAAGACGAUAAACACUACUUUGUCUCAGUGUAGGGAUUUGCUAUUGCUUUAUUUAUGUGAUAAUUGCCUUACCAUUUUAUACAGAUAUAAUGUAAAAGAAAAUGAUUCACCUGUAGGAGUACACAGCUUUGGCUUGAAGCAGCUGUCCUUCUGGAAAAAUAGAUGAUUCAUUUUUGUAGAGCUCAGGAUACAUUUUUAACUGCCUGUCAUGAGUCAGGGAAGCACUGUGGUAGGUGGAAGGGAUUAAACUAUGAAUAAGAUACAAUCACAGACCACAGGAUUUGCAGUAGUAUUGUUGUUGACACAGUAACAGAACCGAUCAUUUCAAUACAAUGUAAGUAUCACGAGAAACGUAUGGGAUGCACCCUGCAGCUCAAUCUUGAGAAAUGAAGAAAAUGUCAGCUACAUGCCCAAAGGUGGAAAAGGUGUGUCGAACAGUGGACCCAGCAGGAGCACCUGCAGGAAGGUGAAACACAAUUUAGCAAACCAGAUCUUCAUAAGACAGUUUGUAUUUGACAUUGCUCUAGUAUCCCCACAAUCACAGGCAAAAUACAAAGUUUAUUUUGAAAGAAACAAAAAGCUAUCAUGUGUCUGUCUGUUUUUGUCAAUCAUCUAUCUAUAGAUAUCUCCUUUUAUAAGUAGUAGAAGCAUAGUUGGUAUUAAGAUUAACAUGAUUUGGGUAUUAAAAUACUCAAAAUACAUAUUAUUUACCAUUAGAUAUUUAAUUAUUCACCAUUUAUAACUGACCUCGACUAGCAGGAUUUCUUAAAUGAGAAAUAGCAGUAUGUGGAACUAACAAACCAUGUUCUAUUGGACCUAAACCAUCUCUAUGAGUGAGAAUGAUUUUUGCCAAACAAUACACUACUUUAAAAUAAUCAUUUAAUUUAAACAUUCAAGUUCUAGAAAUCAUUUCUCUGGAUGUGGUAUAAAGGGAUGUGGGUGGGGAAUCUGCCACUUGGCAAUGUUGUGUGUUUCCAGGAUGAUGAAUACUCUUGUGUUAAUUCAUGUCCUAUAAGGAUUGGGAACAGCAUAAACUCAGGGGCUGUUUUAUCAGGCCACAGGGUAUUUUUCAGCAUCUAGACAUAUUUCUACAUCAAUUUGCAACAUAAUUUUUAAUAAUAGAAAAUAUAAUUGGUCUUUAUUAACAAAAAGUCCCAUUCCUAUUUUCUCCUCAUACCCAUGUUCAUGGCAAAGAAAAGAUUAUUUAAGGCUCAGUCAUCCUCUUGCAAAUGUGUCUGAAAUAUGUGCAAGUAUUCUUCAUGGUCUGGCACCCCAAAGAUGAUGCUUUCUAAUUUCUAAAUAGCCAAUCUUUUUCAGGUAUUUUCUGAAACCAGAUUCAGCCAGAAUAAUGGUUUGGCACUGUAUAAAUGCACGCUGAUCAUUUACACACAAAGCUGCAAGCUAAAAGAUAAGCCAAAAAAAAAAAAUCUACUUUUCAAUAUAAAGUCUAUUAAAGUAAAAAAAAAAUAGUAUUUUUCUGUUUGUUUGAAUGUCCCACAUUUUGAUUUCUUCAAAAAUCAUUUUAGUGCAUAAACACAAUCAAAGCAAAAAUAUAAAAUGUGUUUUUUCUUUUUUUAAUCCAUGAAAGUAAGAAUUUUGCAAAAGCACUUUCCAUUGCAGAUAAAGUUCAGCAGAUAUUAUCAAUUGUAGUUUUAUUAUCAGAGCCACUAAAUAAAUCUUUCCAAGAGAUAUAUUUAUUGGUAACAGGUUUAAUAUUUGGAAAUACUGGUAUUAAGGACUAUGAUUAAUAUGAUAUGAUAAAUGUCAGGAAGCAAAUAGAAUUCUUGAUAAAGCAUGAAAAUUCCAAAGGGCUAAUAUAGUCACCUAAAUGCUAAUUCUCUGCUUGUAUAACUACACAUCUCAAUGUGUUUGGAGCACAAAAUAUUACUUCAGUGCUUGCACAUUUGAUUGUACAAUUUCUUCCAUUUGUAUUACUAAUUGCAUUUCAGCCUCGUGCCUGAGAACAUUCCUUGAUUUAUUAGUCUUAUUGGGGAUUACUACUUUACAAAAAAAAUUGCAUUUAUAGUAAUAGUAAUAAUAAUAAUAAUAACAAUAAUGGGCUCAAAGGAGACCAAAAAGUAAUUUGAGUACUCUACUCAUAAUAUAGCAUUGUUUGCACCCAAUUUUUUAUAUCUCCUCAGAGAGUAAAUUGAAUGAUGUCUUUUUGAAAUAUGUGCUUUCAAAAAGCCAAAACACAAAGUGCAUGUUUGCAACCUUCUCAUUUCUUCAAUCCCAUGGCUGUUGGAUGUGAAAAACUUUCUUUUAAUUUUACAGUAUAAUCUAAGUUGAGAUAUAGGGGGAAUGUUUUCCAAGAUUUCUGUUAUUAUAAAUAAGUGAAUGAAAAGGAAAUUUAAUAAUGCUAUAUAACUUUGAAAAAAAAGCCAACUUUGAUUAAGUCAAUGGCAAUUAAACAGAACACAAAUAAAUUGAACAGAGCAUCUGGUUAGCCUGUAUGAAUCAUCUUCAACAGCAGUACCAAAUAAUAGUAAGAAAAAUAAAUAAAUAAAGUGAUACAGAAAGAAGAAACUUACUUCAGGCAUGAUUAGGGCCAUGAGUAAAAAUAAUCCAAGUUGAUGUGUGGCAAUUUUUAAUGCAACAUAAUUUUAGAAAAUUAUUUAGCAAUUGUGUAAAUGUGACAUGCCUGAAAAAUGUUAAUUAAACUGGUUUUCA